AUGAGUAUUUUCAAAACGCUAAUCAUUUGCUGCUUAAUAUAUCAAACCAAGGGUGGCGCUCCAUCCAACGAUUGUAUAAGCUGUAAAGACGUUCUUUUCAACCUUGCAUCACCAUCACCUUGGAACUGCAACCCAGGAACUGGUCGAAUUUUUCGAGUAUUAAUUGUUCACAAACCUGAAGCUGGGAUGGCCGAUGUGCAAGGUGCUUGUAUUAAUUUUUUACACACGGAUCCAAUAAAUCCAUUGAUUGAUGAACAUUCAAGUGACAUAACAAUAGAAAGUUGA